GGUUCUUCCUAUUGUCCUGUGCUGCCCACGGACAUCACGACUCCCUCCUGCUAGCUGAGUGGUAACGAAGCCACAACAAUUAUUUCCAGACACUACCCAGCUAUUGCCAUGAAUGUGAAGGUGUUGCUGGCGGCGCUGGCGGUGCUGGCCGUGGGGGUGACGGCUGAGCCACGCUUCGCCAGACCUGGAAAUCACGAGCCUGCGAGAUACACCUAUGGAGAAAACGACCGCCAGGCAAGACGCGUCUGCUACUAUGAGACCUGGGCCAAGUACCGCCCUGACGAGGUACAUUAUGAUAUUGAGGACAUCCCUGCUGAACUGUGCACACAUCUCAUCUACACCUUCUGUGGUGUUUCUAACGUGACGUGGGAGGUUCUUGUCCUGGAUCCUGAGCUGGACAUCAACGAAAACGGGUACCGGCGCUUCGUGGGGCUCAAGGAGAAUCAUCCUCAUUUGAAGACGAUGAUCGCUGUGGGUGGCUGGGCCGAGGGUGGCAAGAAGUACUCCCAGAUGGUAGCCGUCGAUGAGCGAAGACAUACCUUCAUCAGGAGUGUUGUUCAGCUGCUCACAGACUACGGCUUCGAUGGUUUUGAUCUGGACUGGGAGUACCCAGGAGCUACUGACCGUGGCGGUGCUUAUGCCGACAUGGAAAACUACUUGAAAUUAGUUAAGGAACUUCGUGAGGCCUUUGACGCAGUGGGCGCUGGAUGGGACCUGACAGCAGCCGUGCCCGUGGCCAAGUUUAGGCUACAGGAAGGUUACCAUGUUCCUGAGUUAUGUAGCCUGUUGGACGCCAUCCAUCUUAUGACAUACGACUUGAGAGGAAACUGGUGUGGCUUCGCUGACGUGCACUCCAUGUUGUACCGGAGGCCAAAAUUGGACGAAUGGGGCUACGAAAAACUCAACGAUAACGACGGCGUCCUUCUAUGGAAAGACAUGGGUUGUCCCGUUGACAAGCUAGUGCUGGGUACUCCCUUCUAUGGCCGCACCUACACCCUUGGCAGUACCAGCAACAACGGCCUCCACGCCCCCAUCAAGAAAUGGGAAGGAGGUGGCAAACCAGGACCUUACACCAACGCCACCGGUACCAUGGCUUACUUCGAGAUCUGUAAGAUGAUGCUUGAUGACUCAACCUGGGAGGACCGCUACGAUGAUAUUGGCCUCGUCCCCUACACAACCAAAGACGACCAAUGGGUUGGAUAUGAGGACCCUGAAAGUCUCAAGAUUAAGAUGGACUACAUUAAGGAAAUGGGUCUCCUGGGAGCCAUGACGUGGGCCGUCGACCAAGACGACUACAUUGGUUGGUGCAACCAGGGCAAAAACCCAAUGAUGAAUGUCAUCUAUGAGGGCAUGAAGGACUAUAUCGUACCUGUGGCGCCAACAACUACCUCCACCACCACGAGCGGAUGGUGGACCCCAUCCACCACCACUAGGGACCCCAACGCUCCCACCACCACUACCACCACCAGGGACCCCAACGCCCCCACCACCACCAUGGGCCCCAUAGACUGUUCUAAGCAACAAUAUUGGCCUCAUCCUGACUGUGAUAAGUACUACUGGUGUAUCGACAAUGUGCCCACCCUGGAGCAGUGUCCCGCCGGCACUUACUGGAGCCAGCCCAUCUUGCAGUGCGACUGGCCACAGAACGUCGACACUUCCAACUGCAACCUCCCUACAGUAAAAGCCAAGCCCGCUCCUACUCAUCCCAGGAACAGGAAACUUAGUCCCAAAGCAGCAGCUGCCCGGGUCCCACCUUUAGUGAAGAAGGUGCGGAACGAACCUUAAGAGUUCGGUGAAUCGAGGUGUCUAGUAACUGCUUGUUUAUAACUAUUAGAUGAAAUUUAAGACGGAGUAUUAUGCAGGUUAUAUAAUAUCCAAAGUUAAAUGUGUUUCCUAUGAAAUCUAUACAGUAAAUAUAUUCUACAACUAAAGCUGAUAUUCUUCACUUUAAAUCCUGUCAUAAAUUAAAUAUAAACAAGUUCAUCUACUA